GUUUCGAUAAUCGUCGUGGAAACAAUGUGAAUACGCUAGCGUGACACACACACCCACAGUAUCGUGUAGUGAGGAACCGGAUCCGAAUUGUGUACGUUUGUGAAGCACACGAACCACGCACACUUCAGUUGCCGCGUGUGCGUUUGUGCGUGUAUGAGUCGCGCGUUAAACUUUCCCAAGUGCGAAGCAACGGAAUUGGUUGCGAAAGAAGAUGCUCUCGGCGUAAGGUCUGCCAGCUACCGAUGGCAGCAUGGUGCGUCAGCCGGUGCAUUGCGGUGAGCCACCUUCGUUCGUUCGGUGUACGGUGUGCGUGAAGAUCAUUUGCGACGAUCCUGUGCCGGAUUACAGCGCGUUCUAGUGCAACCUAUUGUGUGCGCGUUCGCGUGUGUGCGUGCGUGGGGUGUGCUAAUAGUUGUGGGUGCUUUCGUUGUGCGCGUCGUGCGGGUUCAGGGUGAGUGCGGGUGGUGUGUGGAGCGUAAGUGCCAGUGUAAAGUGAGUGAGAUCGUUGGGGUGUGCUUUGGAGGUUCAUAGCCCUGCACUGUUGUGUGGGUUGAAAGCGAAGGUCACGGUGUCCGUGCCACCGUGUGCGGUGUGGUAAAGGUGUGUCAGGUUGUUUUUGCUACGAUGGAAUUGCGGCACAAAUUCGCCUCGAUAGUUCGGCUAAUGCUGUUGCUGAUGGUUGGCGGUGGCAAGUGGGUGCAGGUGAAAAGCGAAGGAUUCAAAGCAGACGUGCCGACUCACCUGGAGAAGGUGCUGGUUAACGAGACGGCACAAAUCAAAUGCGACGUGUCGUCCAACCUCACGAACGAUCGUAUCCUGCUGGUAGUGUGGUACAAGGAUAACGUACCAAUCUACAGCUUCGAUACUCGUGGACCUCACGUCAACUCACCUUCUCAUUGGAAGGAUGUCGCCAUCCUUGAAGAUCGUGCCAACUUCAAAACGACACGGGAGCAGAGCCGGGCGAUGCUGGUCAUCAGUCCUGUUCAGAAAAAGGACGCUGGCAUCUUUCGAUGUCGUGUAGACUUUUUGCUAUCACCGACGAAAAAUAGUAACGUAAAUCUAGAAGUUGUAGUACCGCCCGAUGUACCGAAGAUUCAUAAUGAAGCUGGAGUCGUGCUUCCAUCCCACGCCGGACCCUACGAGGAGGGUGGCGAUUUGGUGCUGAUAUGCGUCGUCACUGGUGGCAAUCCAACACCAAAGAUUACCUGGUCCAGCAAUGGCAAGACGUUGCCGAGUGCAAUGAUCGAUUAUGCACACGAAUCGACGCUUAGCAGUCGACUCGUGGUGAGAAAUCUGUCCCGUGCCCACCAGCACAGCGUGUACAGCUGUCAGGCGAGUAACUUCUACCGGCGAAACGUGACCGCCAACGUGACGAUAGAGUUGCGAUUACGACCUUUAACAGUGGAGAUCGUGAAUGGUAGCAGUCCACUGUCGGCCGAUCGACGCUACAUCGUGCAGUGUAUUUCGGUGGGUUCAAGGCCUCCAGCAAAAAUCACUUGGUGGAUGGGUGGCGUGCAGCUGACGGCAACAAAUCAAACGACGUCCGAGGAUGGAAACAGUACACUAGCGUCGCUCAGCUUCACGCCGACCCGCGAAGACCAUGGCAAAACGUUGAUCUGCCGGGCGACGAACGAGCUGGUGAAACGGGGGACCAAGGAGACUUCGAUGAAAUUAAACGUCUUCUAUCUACCCACCCUGAAGCUCGAGCUCGGCAUCAACAUGAACCCGGAGGACAUCGAGGAAGGAGACGACGUGUACUUUGAAUGUAAAGUGAAUGCAAAUCCGUCUGCAUACAAAGUGGUCUGGAAGCAUAAUGAUCAAGCCGUACAGCACAACUCAAAGUCGGGUGUCAUAAUGAGCAGUACCGCACUGGCGCUGCAGACGGUGACGCGUCACCAGGCCGGCAACUAUACCUGCAUCGCCUCGAACGUCGAGGGUGACGGCGAAAGCAACACGGUUAACCUGAAAGUGAUGUAUAAACCAAUCUGCCGCCCGGACCAGAAGAAAAUCUACGGCGUGGCCCGGAACGAGGCGGCCGAGAUCCUGUGCCAGGUCGAUGCUUAUCCGCCGCCGGAAUCGUUCAAGUGGUCCUUCAACAACACCGCCGAAACGAUCGAUAUGCCGCAGAGUGGAUACCGCGUUCAUGCCGAGCAAGCGUCGUCACUGACCUACACCCCAGUAAAGGAGCUCGAUUAUGGAACGAUCAUGUGCUGGGCGGACAACGUGGUCGGCCAGCAGAAGGAACCGUGCGUGUUUCAUCUGAUUGCGGCCGGGAAGCCCGAGAUGCCGUACAACUGUUCGCUCGUCAACCAAACGUCCGAGUCGCUGGAGGUCGACUGUGCCGAAGGAUUUGAUGGCGGCCAGCGGCAAUGGUUUGUGAUGGAAAUCUACGACCAGCAGACGCACGCCCUGCUCGCUAACGUGUCCUCUAAGCUGCCAAUCUUCACCGUCAACGGGCUGGAUGCUGGGCUACUGCUGAAGAUCGUCAUCUACGCAACGAACAUGCGCGGCCGAAGCGAACCGAUUCUGCUGCAGGCGUACACACUAAAAGCAGCGGAAAAGCAGACAGGUACCCAUGCCGAGUUCGAGCUGACGCCGAUCGUAUCGAUCGGGAUAUUUAUUGGCAUUUUAACGGUGCUUAUCUGCAUUAUAAUCGCGGUCGCGGCCGCCUUCAAGCUGCGAGCGACCCAGGCCAAACAGCACACCACCACCGGCGGCAAACGGCCCGGUAAUCUGCCAAUUAAGGAGAAAAUCUCAUUACCGCUCAGCCAGUCGGAAGACAUGUACGACGAGAAGAACCCGGACGUUGUCCCAUCGAACGAGGAUCCCGAUUACAAAUUAAUAUCAGCAAAUCAGACUCCCACAGCGCUGCAUAAUUCAUUAUGCAACAGCAAACAUGACAUUAUCGGCAGGACGAUACUAGACGAUAGCCGGAAAACGUACCUAACCGGGUGUUUAUACAGCAGUGAAGUAGACGAUUGUUAUGGCAUCCUUUACAAAUCAGCUAAUGAAGUGCAUUACGCGGAGCUGGCCCUGGCAAUACCGCACGACGACACUAGUGGCAAAACCCAUCUCAACAACCAUCUGAACAAGCUGCCACCGCCGCCGGCCUACAACUACUUCGACGAGCCGACGAUCUACGCCCAGAUAGAUCACGGUGGCAGCUUCAAGACGGUGGGGCCACCACCGCAUCCCCCCUCGACGAUACCCACGUCCGUCGGUGCUGCCGCGACCGGUAACUCCUUCCCGCUAAUAUCGCCGGUGUCGCAGCAACACCACCACCAUCCACUAACGCUGCAGCUGCAGCAGGACGCAACGCAACCGGCGUCCUCCCAUCAGCACCAUGCGCCUCACACGCCCCACACACCGACGACUGCCUCGCUGCUGCAGCUAUCGCAGCCGCUCGCGCAGCAUCAAGGUGCCGUCCUGGCGCACUCGCCACUGCAGCUACCCCACACCCUGCCUCAGUCACCCUCGAUACCGACGGCCAACGGUGGCAGCGGUAGCAAGCAAUACCUAAGGGAGAUCGUAACCGUGCGGACACCGCUCGCCUUUUCCCAGCAGGAAAGCUGCGUCUAAUGCGCCGCCGGGAAGUGGUAGCACAAAAUCGGAGGGGGAGAUAGGAAAAUGAUAGAGAGAGAGAGAGAGAGAGCGAGAGAGAAGACAGGGAAGAAGAAAAAGGCAAUUAACAGAAUGACUAAUGGAAGUGGAAUCCUACCAAGGAUAUUCGCACAACUGCUCAAAUUACACUCUAAACACUUGUCCAAACGAAGCAAAAUUUUAGUAAAAACCUCAGUUUAUGGUUACAAUUUAGGAGUUUAAAUUAGCUAAGCCCAAACAAUCAAUCAAGCAAAAAUCAGGUUUGCGAGGCACGAUAAUCCUCAACGGGAAAGUUGUGUGGUGCGGAUUGCAUUCAUUUAGGCUUUCACUAGACAUUCGUUUAAUAGAUUAAAGCCUUAACGUUCCAUGCAAUGCCACGUUAGUUAGAUCAAUUCAGUUACUGGAUUCAUUUUGCUUCAAUUUCCUCCCAACAGAAAUUACGCCAUCAUUUCAGCACCAGAUUUGAACCCCAACUGCUCGUGACAAACAGUAAACAACAAAUCACUUUAAUUAAAUUAUUUAAGCUACUUUUCCUCGGACCCCUCGACGGUCGGACAGCGACGGUUAACGUCUUCCAAACCACACAAUCGUUCGGGUUGCGAUCGGUGCGUUCGAUCACUAUUAUUUCCGGUAUGUCGGGCAGAUGCGGUUGCCGCAUAAUUAAUUGACAGCGAUUCAUCAAAUCAAACUCAGUGCAACCACAAUGCACCACAGAGACACACACACGCACACUCGAAUGCACCUUGCCCGAGAGUGUUUCAUUUAAAGUCAAUUUUAAAGAACCGCAACAUCUUGGGUAUGGUUUCUUUAAGCUCGCUUACCACAAACCUGGGUGAUCUCGUCAAACUUUGCAAGCCACGCGGGACUAUUUUGACAGUGCAUUAAAAUUGGUCUCAUGUCUGAACGAAGCAUGUUUAACGGGGGAAAGGAAGUGUAGGCGCAUCGCUACAUCGCGAUAAUUUCCGCCAAUAAUAACGAUAAUAAUAAUCACUGCGUUGUCUACCAUCCGGUCUUCUCAGACGGUCUGCCAUCUGGCGCUGUUAGUGUUUCGAUGAAAUUAAAGACCCAGCCCAGUGUGCGUGUUGCGUGAUGCCACUCAUGAUGGCAGAAUUGUAAGAUUAUCAUGUUUCUGCUUAAUGGAAAAUUUAUGUAGAUUUCCACCCUUGCUGCACUGCCGGUUGGACACGACUUUACCAGUGUUAGCUUGUCCUCGCCUUUCCUUUGUUGCAUGAUGUAAUGGGGGAGGGGAGGGGGGGGUUGGAAAUGUUGGAACACUCAACGAGGACUCAUGCUUGGGCGAGCAAUCGAUUUGAUAGUGUCCUUGGUUAAAAUUUGUACCACUGCUUGAUGGCAGGUGCUUAAAGGUGACGCAGAACAUGAUUCAUUUUAAAUUAUUCAAUCAGCAUCAGUAGAUUAGCUGAUACGAAAACUCCAGCAGUAUUUGAGUAUGAUUUCAUUCAAUUCAAGACAAAACUGUAUAGGUUGAUAUCUUAUUUGUCUUACAGGUUUUGUGGACUCUGACAGCUCAUCAAGUCUACGUAUAACUAUUCCGCUCUUGCUCGCUGUUUUCCCCAUGGUCAGGGAUAUUCCCUCCUAUACUGAGAUCAACAGCUCACAAUAAAGCGUAGUAUUUAGUGCUCCUUCCAUCUCCUACGCCUAGCACCUAUUCGCGUGCCCGAAUCAAGCGUGCACACCACAAAAACUGCCCACUCACGGGCGGUCAGUAGGGCUGAGUCACUGAGCCCAUUUGCCCAUGGCAGUUUCUGGCUGGCAGCGCCUAAAUAGCGGCAAGUGUAAGCAACACUCACUUGCGUUGCUUAUCGGCAAGGGCUCGCGUAAUUUAUCAUGUCGUUCCCGUCGGUUACGAUGGAACCAUACGCCAUACAGAGAAAGCACCCCGUCCAGAUGCACAAGUAUCAGAGCAAAACGAAAUGAACGAAAAGGACUUUUUCAUAUCCGCUACCACUUCGAAGCUCACUGAAAAGGGCACGCUGAACCUGCGCUCCGAAGCAACCAGUGAGUGAAAUGGAUAAGGCCAAUUUUUUGAAACACGAAUUAAUUGGGAGUUACAUAGCAACGUAAUUACCUAGAAUUCGCGCGCUUGAACAAACCGAAACCCCAAAAAAAAUGCACAGCCGCCGCCAUUCAAACAUACUGGCGUACCUAGCUUUCUAUACCCUGCGCCAAACAAGCAGGGUCAACAUUUUUAUUCAACCGAAUGGAAAACCCGGUUUUUUGUUUUGUGCGGCACGAAGUUUUUGUUUUUAUUUCCUACAAAUAUUCCAUCCCAUAGUACCCCAUCUUCAUCAUCACCGUCAUCAUUGAGUUAAAAAAAAAGGGGCGGCAAAAGCCUUUAAUGACACUCGAGCGAAAGUGGCCCGCAUAAUGCCUUUUGCGCACGGCGGCUAAGACACAAACGCCAAAACACAAAAAACCACUCCAACAUAUUCGAAAAAAGUUUGCGGCCUGCUCGUCGGUGCAAAUAAUGUGCGCCGGAAAAAUGCACUUGAAUGGCGAAUUUUUUCGCGAGCUGGAAAAUGAAAAAAAACAUGUUCGAACGUAUACACAUACAUAUAUUUUCGUGCUGCUUGAUGAACGGCAGGAGAAGCUAUCACUAUGCCAAAAACCAAACUAGCCUAAAACGUGUCGGGGAGCAAUUAUUUCCCUCUCCACCCCCCCGCCCCCCAGGAGGGAAACUUCAAUAUUUUCUUCCAUUUUAUCGACUUCCGCAGCCUGGAAGGGUAUUAAAAUUAAUAAUUAAUUUAAAUUGCGCGUCCGAGAGCAUCCGGUCGGUGGCAUUCGAAUCGGUGGUGCCGCACCGUUUACCCGCCGUUACGCAUUACGUUGGAAAGUGCUUUCUUCAUCAACCUAAAUUGUUAUGUUCGUUUGCUUUUAACCUGCCACCGCACACGUUCCAAUAUACGUGAUGUGUCUCUUUUCCAAUGUUGUAUUUUUAUAUGGUUUUUGUUCGUUUCUUGCUGUGUUAUGUUUCAUUUUAAUUUCUCCCCUUUCGCGUGCGCGCAUCGUUCCCGGGUUUGGUGAGAAUGUGUUUUCGGUUUCGAUCUACCUUAAUGUGGAUUUAUUUAUGCGACACAUCGUUUUAUUCAUGCACCACACACACCUUUCGAUUGAGGCGAUUCGAAUUUAUUUUAAGGGCAGUAAGAAAAAUCAACCGUCAAACACUAUCUGUCAUAUCUAUUUUGUCGAAAAAAACUGGAAAUUUCUUGUGCUGGAAUGAUUGCCGUAAUUGUACAUUUUUAUUAGUCAAUUUUAUUGCAUUUCUUUUUUUUAUCUCACGAGGUUCUGCAAUAAUAAAGUGACAAGUGGCAAGAAGUAUUAGAAAAAGAAAGAACACACACAGCAAGGCAAGCAGAAGAAUUAGCAUACGGUUACGUUAAGAAUACUCGCUCGACAAACCUACUGAGUGAGCAAAGAACUGACCUUAAAAUAUUCAUAAACACACACACACACACCGACACAAACACUUACACAUUCUUUGUAGUGCAGUGAAGAGAAAGAAACUUAAUGUGGAACAGACAUUCCAAUGCAAUGAAGCAGCAACGAGAAGCAAAGAAUUAAACCACAAAAUAGGAAGAGAAAGAAAGUAAACAGGUAACAAACACACGAAAGACAAAACUCCAUCUUCACAACAUCUUCUAAAAGUAAAAAGUAAAAAACACGAACAAAAAACCAAAACCUUUCGCCACACGUUGUUAGGAUUAGAAUAAUUGUGUACAUAAGACGAACCGUAACAAUAAUAAUUCUUAUCAAAAUCGAACAAGGCAAAACAAGGAGAAGGAAAACAAACCCGAUGAGGAAAGGGUGGGGGAGAAGGGUAGAGAGAAAGAAGGAGGGAAGUUGUUUGUUUCCUACGUGUAGCAUAAGUAUCGACAAGCCGUGUCCGUAAAGAUGCAAUUGAAACAAGCAUGAAUGUCAUCGAUUUUUGCUAAGUAUCACUUCAAACACCGAACAACACACAAGCGCACGACUCGGUGGGAUCGUACGCAAAGAUAACAAAACCAUCUGUUUUAGGUUAACGUAAACACUCAAACUCACACUAGGGUAGAAUUUAAUCCAAUUAUCUAUACUGUACAUAUGCAGCGAAAUCACAAUUUUCCCGGGUGGCGAUGUACCGGAAUUGAAGUGUUCUGGUCGCAAUCCUUCUACACCCACUCUCUCUGGACAGUAACAACCCAAAAAAAGAAAACUACAUUUAAAUACAUCUAACCCCCAUUGGAGGCCGGGCGAGAGCCUCCUCCUCCUCCGAUCGGAAACCUCGUCGGGCAUGAUGUUGUUGUACAUAAUUAUACAUACUAGCGUGUAAGUGAAAACACACUCACACACAUACACAGCAGCAGCACCGUAAUUUACAAUGUAAUGUAAAGAAUACAGUGAGAGCGAGACAGAUGCCACACCCUAAACAGGCUGGACUCGAAGCCCUCGAGCCUUAAGACGUACCAGCGUCACAGCGGAUGGCUCCAAGGUGCAGGAUGCAUCCGGUGCUGCUAUCUAUCCCUCACUCCAUAUGUCUCCCGUUCAGAUAACUUGUUUUCUAUUAAAAAAUUCUAUUAACGAUGGCACCAGAAUCCAAGGCAGGAGGCGGCUCAGAGUAUCACUCCAUGGGAGGGGUAUACAUUGAUGGGCCGCCUAGUACCACGUCGUACCGGUACGACAAAACCAGGCAGUAGCCAGUUUCUUUGAAACUUUUUAAAAACAAACAAAAAAGCAAACAAGCAAAACUAGUUUAAUUUGUACAGAUCAACUAAGGAGAGUGUAAUGGUGAGGUGGUGGAAAAAAAAAAACAAAAUCCGAUAAAGAAAUCAUCACCACAAGAGAAAACGAUAACGAAAGCCGUUUGAUUUGGGAAGGUGGUACACAGAACGGCGUACAAGCGAAUUGUUGACGGUAUGGAUAUUAGAGAGGAGAAGAAGAAAACAAACAAACAAACAAAACAGUCGGUUUAAAUAAAAACAUUUUUUCUAAAUUGUGAA